GUCGCCGGACCCGAUCGAGCAGAGUGAGGAGUCAGGAUCGGGGAUAUAACAGCGCGCCCCUGAGUCGACCUUGAUACGAAAGUGUCGAUCAUGUCUCCCCCACCGUCCGCCGACGACCUCGACGCCCUCGCCGACUUAUACCCUCACGGCGCAGGGCAGUUGCACAUCGUUCGAUCUCAGAUCGAGCAGCGAGCGCAGCUUGUGAAGACAUGGGACAUUUGGCCAGGAGAGAAAAUCCUCGAGAUCGGCUGCGGCCAGGGCGACUGCACAAUCGUCCUCGCCGCGGCAGCAGGGGACGCCGGAUCUGUGACUGCCAUAGACCCCGCGAGCCUUGACUAUGGAUCGCCGUUUACGCUGGGACAAGCGCAGGCGCAUCUGAAGGCCUCCUCGCUGGGCCCGCGCAUCAACUUCGUCCAGGCAGACCCGCUUGACUUCCUCCAGAGUACCACGGAGCGCUACACCACCGCGGUGUUGGCGCAGUGCACCUGGUAUUUCGCCACACCUCAGGUCGUCUCCGACAUCCUCGCCGCACUUCUCUCCCGCGCCGACCGCGUGUGCAUCUCGGAGUACUCACUCACCGCCGCAGACUAUCGCGGCGUGCCGCACGUUCUCGCGACGCUGGCGCAGGCGUCGCUCGAAUGCAGGAAGCCAAUUUCCACAAGCAACGUGCGCACCGUGUUAUCGCCGGAACGCCUGCGGAACGUCGCCAACGCUGCGGGCUUCACGGUCCAGAAGGAGAUGAUCCUGAGCCCUCCGGACGGGAUGUUGGACGGGAAGUGGGAGGUCGGCUGGGUGCUGUCGGACAAGUUCCUAGGCGAGAUAGAGAGCGUCGUGAAGGACGAGAAGGAGAAAUCCGUGGCCCUCGCCGCCAGAGAUUCCGUCCAGGGAGCAUACGGACUGCUGAAGAGCAGGGGAGAAAGCGUCCGCACGAUGGACAUCUGGGUGGCGACUUUUGCGGCGAAGUAAUAGCAAUAUCACGACGAGGGACCAAGCCAUGUGGAGACAAUGUGUAUAUUGUGAUACUAGCCGUAACCUAGGAUAUUC